GAAAAACUCUCUCGAAACAACAAAAGGAGAAAGAAGCUGUCUACACAAAGGGCAACUAGAAUUAGCCGCAAGGAAUAGAAACAUCGAAAGACAAAUAAGAGAUAAAGAGACACUCAUUUCAGCACAGGAGAGCAAGAUACAACGAUUUGAGGAACGUCUAGUGGAAUAUAAGCAAAAAGAAGCUUUUUACAUCGAAGCAGAGAGCUCAGACAAUUCUAGAAUCGAAGAACGUACAGAAGAUGUUUCAAAACUAAUAGAAAAAAUCAACGAUCUAACGUAAAGAAGUGAAAUAAACGACCAAUCAUUACAUUUCGAAUUAGAUACAAAACAAGUUUUAAAGCAACAGCAAACUAUUGAAACUCUAAAAAUACAGAUGGAUUCCCAGAAUAAAACAAUAGACCUAUUGCAGAAACAGAACAAACUUCGUAACAAAGAGAAACCAAAUUUUAAAAUCAUGGGAGUUUACCACGAUACUUCCGAGGAAGCUGAGACUUCGAGAUACAACCCAAAGGAAAAAUCAACAGAAAAAAUCCAUACUGCAGAAGAAAUCGACAUGAUCAAAACCUUUACUCAACCAAUAUUAAAAGUUUUGGGGGAACUGUUUUCACGAGAAGAUAAAAAAUCCAUCCUUCAAUACAAAGGAAAAAGCACAGAUAAACUGAUAACGGAGUGGCUUAAAACAGCUGAGCACGUAGCAAGAAACAACAACUGGGACGACACCCAACAGUUACGAUUCUUUUCAGACAGACUUAAAGGUGAAGCUCUGGAUUGGUACGAAGAAUACGUAUCGGAACAAGGAGAUGAACUUGAAUACGAUGACUGGAGAUCAGCAAUCAUAGCAAGAUUCCAAGACGCCUAUGAUCUAGCCACGCUAAAGAAAAAAUUAUUGCAACUAAAAUAGAAAC